AACGCUUCCUCGCGUUCUUAGUUUCCGGUCGGACUGUGACGCUCUUUCCGCAGCAGAACAUCAACAUGGCAGCGGUUCUUUCACCGAGACCGUGCGAUAGCAAUCCCGCGACUCCUGGGACGCAGUCUGUGAAGGAUGACAUUGAGGAGAACUCCAGUGAUGGCAGUCAAGCCCCCAAGAGACGCAGGAUGGGGUCAGGGGACAGCUCCAGGAGCUGUGACACGUCCAGCCAUGAGCUGGGACCAACAUACUUUCCUGCGGAGAAUCUGACGGAAUACAAGUGGCCUCCGGAUGACACCGGGGAGUAUUAUAUGUUACAAGAACAAGUGAGCGAGUAUCUGGGAGUCACGUCAUUCAAGCGGAAAUAUCCAGAUUUGGAAAGAAGAGACCUGUCUCACAAAGAAAAACUUUAUCUGAGAGAGCAAAAUGUCAUUACGGAAACACAGUGUACUUUGGGUCUCACUGCUCUGCGCAGUGAUGAAGUCAUUGAUUUGAUGAUUAAGGAGUAUCCAGCCAAACAUGCAGAGUACUCUGUCAUACUCCAGGAGCGAGAGCGCCAGCGGAUCACUAAGGAAUACUCUGUGAGCACUCUUAGUGCGCAAAUGCAGCAACAGAAUCCUCAAAAAGUUGAAGCCAGUAAAGUGCCCGAGUACAUAAAGAAAGCAGCGAAAAAAGCUGCUGAAUUCAACAGUAAUUUCAACCGAGAGCGGAUGGAGGAGAGGAGGGCUUAUUUUGACCUUCAAACACAUAUUAUUCAAGUACCUCAAGGAAGAUACAAAGUCCUCCCUCCAGAGAGGACCAAGACCGGUCCAUACCCAGUUGCCCUCAUUCCUGGCCAGUUCCAAGAGUACUACAAAAGGUACUCUCCAAAUGAGCUCCGCUACUUGCCUUUGAACACCGCUCUAUACGAGCCUCCACUGGACCCAGAGCUGCCUGCCCCGGACAGUGAUGGUGAUUCUGAUGAUGGUGAGGAUGGUAAAGAAGACGGCAAAAAAAAUAAAGGUUCCUCAGACAGUUCAUCAGGAAACACUUCGGAUGGAGACAGCCAAGACAGCGCAAUUCAAUCCAAAGUCAAGAGCAAAGAUGGCACUCCUCGCACCAUCCAACACAAAUCUGUCCCUGGGUACAAGAGCAAAGAUGGCACUCCUCGCACCAUCCAACACAAAUCUGUCCCUGGGUACAAGGUAGAAGAAAAAAGCCCCUGAUCUUUUUUUAAAAUAACCCAACACCUCUCUUCUCCCCUUUUCGCCACCCCUCUUUUCCAGCACUUUCAGCAGAGAAGUCCUCUUUCUUCUGACUUGAUCAUCAAUCAGUACAUGGUCCAAACACACACACACACACACACACACACACACCUGGUGGUCAUAGAUCGGGACUGCAUGUGUCAAUGGAACUUCUUUUUUCGUUUGAAGAACGGCACCCAUUUUUUCAGUGCCAGGAAACCCAGUGACAGUUCCUGUGUUCUGCACAAACCUUUGGAGCAAUAACGUUUUUGUGUGGUACUGCCGUUAGUUUUUUUUUGUUUGUUUUUGCUGUGUGAUGCGCUUGUGAAGGUAAAUACCCUUAUAAAAUGAACCGUACUUAAUAUAGCUUAAAAUACCUCUAUUUAUCUCUCUACCUGCCUGCUUGCCUGUCAGUUAAACUGAAGGGCAUGCAAGCAAUUUCAUUUGGCUGCUAAACACAAAAAAAAAGUGUUAAUAAUCCGUAGAUAUGAAACAAUUGAAGAAAUAUUAAGGGUGCACUCAGUAAUGUUUUCCCUGGUUUACAAAUGUAUAGUCAUAAGGAAAAAGAAUCGAAUAGGACUUUUGGAGAAUGACUGAUGCAGAUUGCAGUCAUGCCAGUCAAGUUAUUUAAUUCUGCGUUGAGCGGGUCACCCACUUAUGGGUGCCGCAAUGCUGAGAUCACAUGACCAGCUGGGUCUUGCAACCCAACCAAGUUACUAAUAGCAAUAAAAGAAGCACCAAGCACGUUCGCAGCGCUCAAGGCACAUUUUCAAAGCUCUUUUCCAUUAAGCAGCAGUAAGCCAAUCUCCAAAAAGGAUGAAAAAAAUAUGGAUUAAAAAGGAAUGAAAUAAAUUCACAAAUAAACCGUCAUAUAUUUGUUUUUUGAGACUCCUAACAUAUAUUUGUGCAUAGCAUUCUAUUUAUUUGUGCAUUGGUUUAUUUUUUGUGAAACUUUUUUUAUAUUUAUUUGUGAGUUCUAAACUAUUUAUUUGGAAAUGCGCAACAAUUCUGACCCCAUUAAAACAUCAUAACAGGACCGUGCAAAGUUAUGCCUUCAUAAAACUUGAAAUAUAACUAUUCCAAAUAUUGUAAAAUGUCAUUAAUGCGCGCUUAGUCUUAAAGGGGUAGUUCACCCAAAUUUCGACUCUCUGACUUUUGUGAAGCACAAAAGAAGAUAUUUUGAAGAAUGUCGGUAGCCACAGUUUUGGUUACCAUUGACUUCCAUUGUGUGGACAGAAAAGUUAAAGUCAUACAGGUCCGGUGAACUAUUCCUUUAAUAUCGUUUAACUCUGCCUUUAACAGUUAAAGUAAACUUACUGAGUGCACUUUUAAAGUUCGCUUUAUUUAUCAUGCUAGUGAUGCAUUACUCUCUUUCAGGCAUGAAAUGGUUAUCAAACUAUUGUUUGGUAUAACAUUGUCAAACUGAAUAUCAGUGGUUUUCUAAACUGACUCUCUGGGCACCUUAAAUAUGCUUGAUAUCUGUGUUUCCUUUGAUUUAGUCUGAUUAAAUUGUGUAAGUUGCUUGUUUUCUUGUCAAAAUGCUUACUGGAUCAACAAAACGGUUUUACACAUCACAAAUGAUCCACAAUACAAAGCAAAAUGUAUACAAAGUGAAUUACAACUACCAAUAAUUUGACAGUGUUAUAUAAUGCAAGAAAUUAUUUAGCCCGCAUAUGCUUGCAUUUUAAGAUACAUUUCUGCUUGCUUAAAUUAUGCUUCUUGCAAUAGAUACAUUGUUUCUGACGGUUUUAAUAUUCUUGGUUGAAAAGGUUCAUUUUUUUCUUGUGGAAGAAAUGUUUGCAUGAUUUAUUGGACCGUUUAAAGCAAUUUUAAAAUACUCCCCAGCUAAAGGCUCGUUUUAGCCCCAUCAUAGUUCUUAUUAGUUUCCCCUGUAGUUCUGUUAUCUCAGGAAGUGUGAGCGGUGUAAACUGUCCCAGGCUAUUUUCUGAAUAGCACACUACUACGAGUAUGCAUAGUUUUCUGUGCAGUACACUACAGUGCACAUUGUGAUGCCAUUGCUUUAUCCCACAAUGCAUUGCAUUCUAACUGAAUUCUAGAAUGAAAUGGAACUCUCUUUUUUUGUUUUUUUUACGCAAAAUGGAAUUUACCAUUAUUUUGCGAUAUGAGAACUGUACGGCACUCAUGUAACUGUAUAAGGUCAUGUGACAACAGUGUCGCAUACUACUGGUCGAAAACAUUUUUUGUUGAAUGUUGCAUACUGUUUGACUUUUUUAAAGAGAUGAAUAGGCAGGGUUCUGAGCAGCCCCAUUUAUGUUUUCCCUUUUAACAAUUAGUUCGCCUGUUCAUUUCGCUUAAGGUGUUUUCUUUAGCAGUUCAUUAUCCUGUGUUUAUGGGUAGAGAAUAUAUCGUGCCGAUAAUUAGCUGAAUAUGGCCAUGAUAUCAGUGAGGUGUGUGUUCUGGAAAUUUGAAAACCUAGUUACACUUGAAACUAAAUGAUGAAUGUUAAUCUGAUUUGAAUGUGGUGUUUAAGUCAUAAAUCACUGCAGCACUUAUGAAAGACGGUAGGUACAGCUUCUGUUGAUCCUCUCACUGUACACUGUGUUGUUGGCUGAUUUCCAUCCCUCUUUUAUGCAAUCUCUCGAGUCGUGUUAAGAGUGUUUGUAGUUAAACAACAUUCAAUGUUCUUGUGUGUGUUUUUUUUGGAUGUAAUCCUACUGUGACAGAAUUAAGGAUUUUGUCCUUCCGUUAACAUAACCGUGAGCUU